AUGGCCAGGCAAGUCUUCCAUUUUUCUUCCAGAACAAUUCGGCCAUUGAGCUGCUGGUCCUGUCCCUCCUACCAAUUGAUUCUUCCCCAUCCUACACUCCAUCAUGUUUGCCUCCACUGCAAUGGUAUGUUUUCCCCGAUCAUCAGGGUCUCGAUCCGUCUCCACUCUUCCCUCCUCCUCUCACCUCUCUCGUUCGCUCCCUCGCGCGUUACUCCCCAACUGACCUUCCCGCCGCAGCACCACAACAUUCCAUCAUGCCCUCCUCUCGAACAAAGAUCCUAUUCGGAAAGCAGUGAUGACUCCAUGCAAUCGGCUUUCGGAUAUUUCGAUAACACCAUGUACACCAUGGCGGCGACCGAUCUGCCCAUGACCCAACCUUCCUUCGAACCAUCCUCCUACGACUCCACCUCCUUCACAUCAUCCGUCAAUUCCUCCCCUUUCAACGCCUACUACAACUUCACUCCUUCUCUCAUGUACUCGCCGGAAACAUACACUUUCCUUCAAACACAAACACCUCCGGUGCCUGUACCGGGCGGGGAAUGGGUUGCACCGCAAUCGACCACUCCCAACACUGAGGUCGUAUACUCUCCGGAAGAGACUUGCGACGCAUUAGACAACUCUAGACCCGUCAAACCCUUUUCGUGCCGCGACUGCGGCAAGGCGUUCACACGUCCCGCCGACCUGAAACGGCAUCACGCCAGCGUCCACAACCCCGUGUUUCAGGACUGCCCAGUACAAGAAUGUCUGCGCAAGGAUGGCAAUGGGUUUCCGCGUCGCGACCAUCUGAUUGAACACCUGCGCUCGUUUCACCACUGGGACGUCCCUAAGCGUCGGACGACCAAGCGGUCGCGAACCGAUUAG